CCGGGCUGAUAGGGGGCCAUGCUCUUUUUCCUCGCAGUCCUGUGCCGGCCCGAUGGACGCUCUGUGUGGCUCCGGGGAGCAUGGCUCCAAGUUCUGGGAGCGCCCUCUCUGUGCCAGGGAUUGUUCCAGGCAAAUGAGGAAUACGACGGGCAGCAGAACCAAGAAACCGGUCCUCACGGAACACGUAUUCCAGUGGGAGAAGAUAGAAAAGACUCCAAUCUCUCCGUGCACACAGACAACCCGGACUUCACUCCCUGCUUCCAGAACUCCCUGCUGGCCUGGGUGCCCUGCAUCUACCUGUGGGCUGCCCUGCCCUGCUACCUGUUCUACCUGCGGCGCCACCACCAAGGCUACAUUGUGCUCUCUCACCUCUCCAGGCUCAAGACGGCCUUGGGCGUCCUGCUGUGGUGCGUCUCCUGGACUGACCUCUUCUACUCCUUCCAUGGGCUGGUCCACGGCUGGGCCACCGCCCCCAUCUUCUUUGUCACCCCCUUGGUGGUGGGGGUCACCAUGCUGCUGGCCACCCUGCUGAUCCAGUAUGAGCGGCUGCAGGGCGUCCGUUCCUCGGGGGUCCUCAUCGCCUUCUGGUUCCUGUGUGUGGUCUGUGGCAUCGUCCCCUUUCGUUCCAAGAUCCUUUCAGCUUUGGCACAGGGCAAGAUCUCAGACCCCUUCCGCUUUACCACCUUCUACAUCUACUUUGCCCUGGUGCUCUCCGCCCUCAUCCUCUCCUGCUUCAAGGAGAAGCCACCGUUUUUCUCCCCCAAGAAUAUCGACCCUAACCCCUGCCCAGAGGCUGGAGCUGGCUUCCUCUCCCGCUUAUCUUUCUGGUGGUUUACAAAGUUGGCCAUCCUCGGAUACAGGCAGCCCCUGGAGGAGCAGGACCUCUGGUCCCUGAACAAGGAGGACUGCUCCCAGAUGGUGAUGCAGAGGCUACUGGAGGAGUGGAAGAAGCAGCAAGAGCAGGCAGCGCGAUACCAGGCUGCGGAGCGUCCUGAAAAGAGACUGUCCAGCGAGGGUGAGGUGCUGCUGGGUGGCCGGGCCCGGACCCGGGAGCCCUCCUUCCUAUGGGCCCUGAUGGCCACCUUCAGCUCCAGCUUCCUCCUCAGCAUGUGCUUCAAGCUGAUUCAGGACCUGCUGACUUUCAUCAACCCACAGCUGCUCAGCAUCCUCAUCCGAUUUAUCUCAAACCCUACGGCCCCCAGCUGGUGGGGCUUCCUGGUAGCCGUUCUGAUGUUUGUGUGCUCCGUGAUCCAGACUCUGAUCUCACACCAGUAUUUUCACUGCAUCUUUGUGAUGGGGUUGAGGUUCCGCACAGGGAUCAUAGGUGUCAUCUAUAGGAAGGUCAGCUGGAGCAGGGCAGGGGGUGCUGGGGAGGCCAGCCCUGGGGAUCCUGGAGAGACUGGAGGGCCCAGUCAUCACCCUGCUGUCCACCUGCAGGCUCUGGUCAUCACCAAUUCUGUCAAACGUGAGUCCACUGUGGGAGAAAUUGUCAACCUCAUGUCAGUGGACGCCCAGCGCUGCAUGGAUGUGGUCCCUUUCAUCAACCUGCUGUGGUCAGCACCCCUGCAGAUCAUCCUGGCAGUGUACUUCCUCUGGCAGAACCUGGGUCCCUCUGUCCUGGCUGGAGUCGCUCUCAUGGUCUUGCUGAUCCCGCUCAAUGGCGCCGUGGCCGUGAAGAUGCGUGCGUUCCAGGUAGAGCAAAUGAAGUUCAAGGACUCACGCAUCAAGCUGAUGAGCGAGAUCCUGGGUGGCAUCAAGGUGCUGAAGCUGUAUGCCUGGGAGCCCAGCUUCUUGAAGCAGGUGGAGGGCAUCCGGCAGGAUGAGCUCCGUCUGAUGCGCCGGGCUGCCUACCUCCAUGCCACGUCCACCUUCAUCUGGAUCUGCACCCCCUUCCUGGUGACCCUGACCACCCUCGGGGUGUACGUGUCUGUGGACAAGAACAAUGUGCUGGAUGCUGAGAAGGCCUUUGUGUCCGUGUCCCUGUUCAACAUCUUAAAAAUUCCCCUCAACAUGCUGCCCCAGCUAAUCAGCAACCUGGCCCAGACCAGUGUGUCUCUGAAACGGAUCCAGCAUUUCCUGAGCCAAGACGAACUUGACCCCCAGUGUGUGGAGAGAAAGAUCAUCACCCCAGGCUACGCUGUCACCAUACACAAUGGCACCUUCACCUGGGCCCAGGACCUGCCACCCACCCUGCACAGCCUAGAUAUCCAGGUGCCAAAAGGGGCACUAGUGGCUGUGGUAGGGCCUGUGGGUUGCGGGAAGUCCUCCCUGUUGUCUGCCCUGCUGGGAGAGAUAGAGAAGCUGGAAGGCAAGGUGUAUAUGAAGGGCUCUGUGGCCUACGUGCCCCAGCAGGCGUGGAUCCAGAACUGCUCUCUUCAGGAAAACGUGCUGUUUGGCCAAGCCCUGAACCCCAAGCGGUACCAACAGGCCCUGGAGGCCUGUGCCCUGCUAGCUGACCUGGAGGUGCUACCUGGUGGGGACCAGACAGAGAUUGGAGAGAAGGGCAUUAACCUGUCUGGGGGCCAGCGUCAGCGGGUCAGUCUGGCCCGAGCUGUUUACAGUGAUGCCGACAUUUUUUUGCUGGAUGACCCACUGUCAGCUGUGGACUCCCAUGUGGCCAAGCAUAUCUUUGACCACGUCAUUGGGCCAGAAGGUGUGCUGGCAGGAAAGACCCGGGUGCUCGUGACGCAUGGCAUCAGCUUCCUGCCCCAGACGGACUUUGUCAUGGUGCUAGCUGACGGGCACGUGUCUGAGGUGGGCACCUACGCAGCCCUGCUGCAGCACAAUGGCACCUUUGCCAACUUCCUCCACAACCAUGCACCUGAUGAGGGCAAGGAACACCAGAAGGCUGACAGCAGGACCGCCUUGGAGGACAAAGAGGAUGAGGAGGUGCUGCUGGUGGAAGACACGCUCAGCAAUCACACAGACCUGGCGGACGAUGAGCCGGUGACAUACGAGGUCCAGAAGCAGUUUAUGAGACAGCUGAGUACCAUGUCCUCGGAAGGAGAGGGCCAGGGUCGGCCUGUGCCCAGGAGGCGCCUGGGUGUGGCAGAAAAGGUAGUGCAGGCAACAGAGGCAAAGGCAAGCCACGCGCUGACCCAGGAGGAGAAGGCGGAGAUGGGCACUGUGAAGCUGAGCGUGUACUGGGAUUACGCCAAGGCUGUGGGGCUCUUUACCACACUGGUCAUCUCUCUUCUGUGCGGGGCUCAAACUGCAGCUGCCAUUGGGGCCAACGUGUGGCUCAGUGCCUGGACCGAUGAGGCUGUGGUGAACAGCCAGCAGAACAACACCUCCCAGAGGCUGGGUGUCUAUGCCGCCUUGGGAAUUGUGCACGGGCUCCUGGUGAUGCUGUCAGCCAUCACGAUGGCGGUGGGUGGUGUCCAGGCUGCACGCUUGCUUCACCAGGCACUGCUGCACAACAAGAUGCGCUCGCCGCAGUCCUUCUUCGAUACGACGCCCUCAGGCCGCAUCCUCAACCGCUUCUCAAAGGACAUCUACGUCAUCGAUGAGGUUCUGCCUCCCACCAUCCUCAUGAUGAUGAACGCCUUCUACAAGUCCAUCUCCAUCCUCGUGGUCAUCGUGGCCAGCACACCACUCUUCGCUGUGGUCAUCGUGCCUUUGGCUGUCCUCUACCUCUUUGUGCAGCGCUUCUAUGUGGCUACGUCACGGCAACUGAAGCGGCUGGAAUCUGUCAGCCGUUCACCCAUAUACUCCCACUUUUCGGAGACGGUGACUGGUUCCAGCGUCAUCCGGGCCUACGGCCGCAGCCAGGACUUUAAGGCCAUCAAUGAUGCUAAGGUAGACACCAACCAGAGGAGCUGCUACCCCUACAUCGUCUCCAACAGGUGGCUGGGGAUCCGAGUGGAGUUCGUGGGCAACUGUGUUGUGCUCUUCGCUGCACUCUUUGCUGUGACUGGGAGAAGCAGCCUGAGUCCGGGGCUGGUGGGCCUGUCUGUGUCCUAUGCCCUGCAGGUGACGGUGGCUCUGAACUGGAUGAUACAAACGAUUUCAGACUUGGAGUCUAAUAGUGUGGCCGUGGAGAGAGUCAAGGAGUACUCUAAGACAGAGACCGAGGCCCCCUGGGUGGUGGAGGGUAGCCGCCCACCCGCGGGCUGGCCAUCGCACGGUAAGGUGGAGUUCCGGAAUUUCUCUGUGCGCUACCGGCCGGGCCUGGAGCUGGUGCUGAAGGACUUGAGUCUGCAAGUGCAUGGUGGCGAGAAGGUGGGGAUCGUGGGCCGCACUGGGGCCGGCAAAUCCUCCAUGACCCUCUGCCUGUUCCGCAUCCUGGAGGCUGCGGAAGGCGAAAUCCUCAUCGACGGCCUCAAUGUGGCCGACAUCGGGCUCCAUGACCUGCGUUCUCAGCUGACCAUCAUCCCCCAGGACCCCAUCUUGUUCUCGGGGACCCUGCGCAUGAACCUGGACCCCUUUGGCAAUUACUCAGAGGAAGACAUGUGGCGAGCCUUGGAGCUGUCCCACUUGCACACGUUUGUGAGCUCCCAGCCGGCAGGCCUGGACUUCCAGUGCUCCGAGGGCGGGGAGAAUCUCAGCGUGGGCCAGCGGCAGCUCGUGUGCCUGGCCAGAGCCCUGCUCCGCAAGAGUCGCGUCCUGGUUUUAGAUGAGGCCACAGCCGCCGUCGACCUGGAGACUGAUGACCUCAUCCAGGCUACCAUCCGUACCCAGUUUGAGACCUGCACGGUGCUGACCAUUGCACAUCGGCUCAAUACCAUCAUGGACUACACCAGGGUCCUGGUCCUGGACAAAGGGACGAUAGCUGAGUUUGAUUCUCCAACCAACCUCAUUGCAGCCAGAGGGAUCUUCUACGGGAUGGCCAGAGAUGCUGGACUUGCCUAAACUAUAUUCCUGGGAUGUCUUCCUGGUUUUCAUCAGGAAGGGAAAGGACACCAAGUAUGUCUACAGAUUGGACUUGAUGGCAAACGCUGGGGACGUUUGUCAGCUUCUGUCCCUGUUAAGUGCUUUGCAGGAGAGCCAUGCUAACUGCUUCAGGUGAGGAAGUGAAACCCAAGAGGGGAAUGACGUGCCCAAGGUUAUAGCUAAUUUGGGGCAGAGCCCAGACUCGUCCCCCAGUCUCCUGAUUCCUAAUAUGGUGUUAUUUCCACACUGUCCUGUUUUCAAUCAUUUCAUGGGAUGACCUCCCUACCCCCAUGAUUUCUCAUAUUUUCUACUCUGAAGUUUUUUUUUUUUAAAUAAAGCCUUUUCCUUCUGGAACAGAAGACUGCCAGGUCAGGUCGUCCCUAGGAACUAAGUCUGGUACCUGGGGUGCUGGCCUGGAUCCAUUAAAAAUGGAACAAUGAUGAAAUAAAGCUACGUGUCAACCAUA